AUGGAGGAGCUUCAGCAAGGCCCAUCUCGUAAGAGGAAGGGAAAAUCUUCAGAUGCAGAUGCAGAUGCAGAUGAUGUCGUUAUGGAGCAGCGUCAGGAAAGUUCAUCUCCUAAGAAGGUUGACAUUGAUCGGGCAGUUGAUCUCAUGAGGUUUGUCUUCAGAGAAGGGAUGCCUUUUCUGGACAAUGGGUCAGGGAGAUGCUUCGCCGAAAGGAUGAUUGUGGACAUGUCAGGCUUCAUGGUCAACAUGCUGUUUCAGGAUCCUGGUAUCUCCCAGCGGAGUGGUCCGCGUCGGAUGUGGACGAUAACGCCUACCCUUGACAAGGAUAUUGCUCACGCGUUUGCAAAGGAAACGAGAAAAGGUAUUGCCUGUGAGCUCCAGGGAGAUUUCUAUGGGGUAUAUGUUGAUGUGAUUUACAUACCUAGCAAGUUCAUGUCCUGUAUGGUUCUGUUUGCACGCUAUAUCAAUGGCAAGGGUGAUGUUGUGGAGAGGCUUCUUGGUAUUGUGCCGGAGCCAUCAGCCCAUGGUUCAUCUCUCAAAAUGGCGGUUGGAUCAAUGCUUUCUGAAGCUGGAUUGAGUUUGUCAAAGCUUCGUGGCCAAGGUUAUGGCUUGUUUGGUUACAGUGAUGAAAUUUUCACUGAACUAAAGACAUCAAUCACUAACAAAAAUGCAUUGGAGUACUACGUUCAUCCUUAUGUCUGCCAGCUGCAUUCGUCUCUUGUAUGCUCUUCCCAUGGCCAAUCUGAUGUUUCCCAGCUCUUCCAAACAGUAGAUGCAUUGUCAAAUCUAAUCCAAGACUGUCCCCAGUUCACGGAAAAGGUUUGUGCGCUAAUCCAAGAGGGAGGGGUGAACCUGGACAAUGAUCUUAAGAAGCCUGGUGAAACACGUUGGGGUUCAUACUAUGAGGCACUCGUGAAAUUUGCUACUUAUUUCGAUCCAAUUUGUGAAGCACUUUUCUUUGUGAGAGAUGUCGUCAAAAACAAUGAUCAAUCAUAUCUGGCAUACAAAGUACUUGAAGGAUUGUCCUAUGACUUUGCUUUUGGACUGCUGUUGAUGCAAGAUGUACUGAGCAUUACAAAUGAGCUGUCACUGGCCCUGGAUGGGAAAUACGUGGACGCAGGGAAUUGUAUGGCGCUCCUCCGGGAGGUGAAGAGGCAACUGCAGGUAAUGAGGGACGAAGGAUGGACAUCUUUUCUUAACAAAAUCGGCAUGUUCUGCAGUGAUAAUGAAAUUCCUAUGCCCAACAUGGGAGAAAAAUUCGAUCCCCGGCUAAGGCCGAGGGAUGAGGCUACAACAAUGACAAACCUGGAACACUACCAUGUUGAUUUCUUUGAGAAGGUCAUCAAUAUUCACCUCAACGAGCUUGACAGGCGUUUCAGUGAGCAAAGCUCGGCAUUAUUUCUUCUUUCGUCAUGCCUUAGUCCACAGAACUCUUUCCAGGCUUUCGAUAAGGAAAACCUCAUUGAGUAUGCUCGGCUCUACCAAUCCGAGUUCUCUGAUAAUGCGAUCGCAGCACUUGAUCUGCAACUCACAGCCUUCAUAAUGGACGUACGCUCUGAUGCAAGAUUUCGUGAAAUGAACGCUGUCAGCGAUCUUUCUGUUAAGAUGGUGGAGACUGGCAAGAACACCGUGUAUCCACUGGUCUAUCUGCUCCUGAAGCUUGCUCUCAUCCUUCCCGGGACACCAGCCACCGCCAAGACAGCAUCCUCCGCUUUGAAGUUCAUAGACGGCACGUUGAUGAAAGAACCCUGCAACCAGUGGAUCAGUGACUGCUUAUUGUUGUUCCUGCAGCGCGACAUAUUCGAGAGAGUUACUAAUGACGCUGUCAUUGCAGUCCUUUGA